AUGUCAGCCGGAGAUGGUGGCGUCGGACGCAACUUUGAGCCUGACAUAACAUGGAAUUUCUCGGAGAACAACCUUCGGCCCAAGCGCUGGCAUUAG